GUGACACACGCGCCGACGUGACGCCCGCUGAGUGAGACAAGCACUCCUGAUGAUGACAUGUUUGUAUUUACCUGCCGACCACUCUGACACUCCUGCAGAGCUGCUUCCACCGACCGAACCAGCUUCUUCGUCCUUUGGUUUUAAUAAAUAACAAUAAUAAUAACAGUGAUAAUAAUAGAUGGAGGAGAGCAGCAGGCGGGGAAGGUGUUACACAUCUGGAUCGUACCAACGCGUCGGGUCGCUCCAGACGCGAGGAUCUGUCCUCCGCUGCGCAUGAAUAAUGGAUUCACUACAGGACUGCCGCUGUUGAUCUUUGCAUAAACCCAGAUGCCUCCCCUGCCUCUUGAUGAGCGCAUAGUGGUCAUUCAGCGCCCUAAAAACUUAGUCCUCUGCGAGGCUUCUCCGCAAACCAUCCCGCAGCACUCCUCCCAGAUAUCGGCCUCUUCCAAUGGACACGUCGCCCACCCUCCCCAUCUCCACCCUUCUCAGUCCCAUUUCUACUCACCCUCCUGUAAAUCUCUGACUCUGGAAUGCAAGCGCAGAUCCUCCCGCGUGCAGAAAUUCAAGGCCGACCAGCCUGUCGUCCCAGCGGGUGUCAGACACAUCCCUAGCCACUGCCACAGCAAUGGCACAGUAACUCUCGGCCCACGGCUCCCCUCCCACACUCAUACUAUUGAUAUCAGGCUGACAUUGGACAAAGGAGGACGUGGAGGAGGAUUCAGCAACUCGUUAGGACGCAGCGGAAGUGUUAAAGGUGGCAAAGGGAAAUGUGCCUCUUCGCCAUCGGAUCAAGGACAAUGUGAGAGAAAAACUGGAACUGCAGGGAGGCCAGGUGGAGUCGAACACAAGCCGCCGCGAAGCCGCUACAAUCAGCUGGCGUCUUCGCCCGGAGGCGUCCUACAGUUCGUCCCCGCUCAGGCGCAGCAGCAUAAGUUCAGGAGUGAAAGGGAAAAGGAAAACACCAGUUUUUCAAACAGAACCGACCAGGAAUUUCCCUCUCUAGGCCACAGAAAGAAUUCCAAACUGGGAACUGUCCAUCAAAGCCAUAAUAGUCAUAGUCUUCCCUACCACCACAACUCCGUCCCCGUGCCUCAUGCUGCCAUCCUAAACUCCAACUACUCCUCCUCCCCUCCCUCCCAACCCUCCCAUGUCCCGAUCUCCUUUCAGCAACUCAGCCAGCCGCACCCGUCCCGCAACAGGGAUCACCGCCCUCACAUCCUUCAUGGUCUACCCCUCUCCCCCUGCUCCUCCCACGCCGGAGGGUUCCCCAGCCCCGACCACACCUGCACCAUCGACUGCACCCACCCGUUCAGUUGCGGCUGCUGGAGGUUGGUAAGAUGCAGAGGGUGUAAGAGCCACUCAGCAAGCUGCCAAGGAGGUGGAGGAAGCUCGUCCACCUCGUUCUCCUGCGUUCACAAUGUCGGAGCAGUGAAGAAAGGAGGCAAAGAAAUGGGCCUCAGAAAUCUGGGUGGGUGUCUUUCCACCGCCUCCACCUCCAACACCUCCUCUUCUAACAGCACUGUGUCUGACUGCCGAGCAACCCUGUUCAAACCCCUCCGUUGUGCCUCCUGCUCUGGUGAGGCCGGGAACUUCGAGAGUCCAGCUAUCCUUCGCAAAAAACUGGUAGGAGGAUGCCUGCCCUGCGCCCCACUAGCCUCCUCGGCACCUCUCCGGGCAAUUCAGAGCUGCGUCACAGGCUGCAACCCCAAAGCCUCUCAGACAGGCAGCUCCACCUGCAGCUACUGCAGCAGCGACCCCAUAGUGGUGACAUUCAACCCUCGCCGAGGCAAACCCCCGGGAAGAGGCGUAGGAGCAGCUCAUCAGAUGGGUAUGUACCAAGCUGAUGAUGACGACUACAGCGUGCGCACUAUCUGGCCCGAAGAACUGGCCAAGAAGAUGACCCAUUCCAAAGCCCAAAAGAAUCACUGUGCCGGGAUGGGAGGAGGAGUCGGGAAAACCUGCGGAAGCCAGGCCCAAAAUGGCAGUAACGGAACAGGCCUCGUCCUUCUGGACUGUCAAAACCUCCAGGAAUACGCACAGCCUCAGCUAACAGACCAUGCUGGACGAAGGCGGCUUCAGCAGGGGAAAAUGGCCGCCCUCGAUUUUAUGGGCCGCAGGUCAUCCGGGUACGACGAUGGCCGGAGCUCGUUGAAGAGGCUCCUGAACAAAGGCGAUGACGUAGGGAUGGGCGACGGUCCUGAGCAAGACGGAGAUGCAGCAUAUCCACGUUCCCCUUCUCCCCGCUCUGCCUCCCCGCCAUCACCUGUGUCCUUCUCGCCUCCGCCGUCCGCCCCGAGCACACUCAUCAAACCCAAACCCUGGCAGAGAGACAGGGAGGGAGGACAUUCUCUGCCGUCGGCUCAGUCACUUCACCUGGCCCUCAACUCUCUGAACAGAGAGCAAGAUGAGGAGAACAGCAGAAUGCACCUUUCCCUGCCGCUCUCUUCUUCAUUGCCGGCUUCCCUGUCCGAUGAGAGUGUGAUGACUCCCGAUGCGGAGAACGCCGUCAUCAGUCCCAUCCUGCCCUUCCUGUUUCUGGGGAACGAGAGAGACGCCCAAGACCUGGACCUGCUGCUGCGCCUCAACAUCGGCUACGUGGUCAACGUGACGACACACCUGCCCCUCUACCACGUCAACUCUGGACUGCGCUACAAAAGGCUGCCGGCCACCGACAACAGCAAGCAAAACCUCCGGCAGUACUUUGAGGAGGUGUUUGAGUUCAUUGAGGAGGCAUAUCAGAGUGGACAGGGAGUGUUGGUGCACUGCCAGGCGGGCGUUUCCCGUUCUGCAACCAUCGUCAUCGCCUAUCUUAUGAAGCACACCCUCAUGACAAUGACAGAUGCCUACAAAUACGUGCGGAGCCGUCGUCCCGUGGUGUCCCCGAAUCUAAACUUCAUGGGCCAGCUUUUGGAGUUCGAGAGGGACCUCAACUCCGGGGUGACUCCUCGCAUCCUGAUGCCUAAACUUAACGGUGUGGAGACGCAGGUGUGAGAUAAAGGUCAGGGCUGAGAGGGCUAACGAGGAGAGAUUAAAGUGGCAUUAACGUGAGAGUGCAGCCGUGACGAGGAAUAUUACAACUGGGAAAACGAAGGGCAUUUAGUGCACUUUUAAUACUGUGAAACACGAGACAAAAGACUGGAUGCUGCGGUUGUUUAGGUCGUUAACUCUUAGACAACGUGACCAUCAUCCAGUACACUGUUUAUAUAAGAUAAUGUGCCAAUAUUUUGUAUAGACCUGACAUCACUCUCAGAUAUCUCUUUUGUUGUAUUCUGAUGGUUCUUCCGCUUUGUUUCCCCGUCGUUUACAUUCAGCCACAAACACACAGUGACUUUGCUGCCAUUAAUCGUUAAAGAUGCAUGCAGAACGGAAACGCAAAAAAAUAGAAAAUAAUGGAACGUACCUACUUCAUCUCCAACGCCGCCACAUGUAGCAACACACAGGUUAUUAACAACACAAUGCACUUUACCUCCCAUGCGUUUGUUUUUCAGUAUCGCCAACGACAAGAAAGAAUCUGUCGCACAGACCUCAGUCACUGUUUUGUGUUUUUUUGUUUUUUUUUGGGUUAAUAUGAUCAUGUUUAUGCGAGAACUGUGCAAUAGAGAAGCACGGACCUAGACGGUAGCAUUGAGUAGCAUUUUACCUGGAAACUUAUCACAAAAAAAAGCAGACGAACGGAUUAUGGAAAUGUGUAAGAAUGGUUUUAUUUGAGUGCAGCAGCCUGUGUGUUAAUAAUCCGAGAGCUUUGCAGUUAAAAAACCUCUCGCGUGUGACAAAAAAUGCAAAGUACAGCCGUUAUCAAUCGGUGUAAAUGUGUCCGAAGAAGCACGACGCGUUAAGACGCAGGUGAACACACUGACGUGAGCUCGUUUCGAACACGAACAAACAACUCAACAGUUAUUCCAGAGAUUUUUUUUAUGCUUUUUAUUUUUAUGAUUUCCAGGACGUUUGACUCCAGGUGUUGGAGUCAGCAGGUGUUUUUAUCUCCUGCUGUUACAAUGUGCUUUAAAAAAAAACAAAAACAAACAGACCUUCCCUCAGCUGUGCACUUUUUAUUUUGUGGUGAAUGCGUUAUUUUUUUUAAAUUAAUUUUUACGAUGUUUCACGGUGCACAGACGGAUGUUUCCUUCAAUUUAAAGAGCACGCGGUGGCCACAUUUAACAUCCUCCUUAAUUGGGGGAAUUUCUUUUGUAAUUCUUGAUUUCUUGCUUGCUUGCUAAGUUUUAUUCGAGAACCAAGUACCAAUUUGAAAAAUGUAUACAGCGUCCAGUAUCCUCCCUUUGUCACGAACACUCUUAAAGCCAAAAUCUACUUUAUAUUUAGUUACUUUAAUAUGUGAAGGAGAGAAUAGAUGAUUAAUGUUCCUUUGCCUUAUUGUCCUUACUGAUCUUCUUAACUAUGCCCCUGGUUGACUAUGCAUGUUUUAUUACGAAGGCUUUUGUUUUGGAUCAGAGAAGGUGACUUGAUUCACUGUGAAUUAUUUCUUUCGUAUGGUUAUAUGGUCGAGGCCUUGAGUCCCAGUUGUAGGUUCAGCCAAUCUGCACAGUUAAUCUUCUGGGUCGGCAAAAAACAAAACAGGGCUUUGGAAAUUAUUAAAUAUGGGGCUGUUUGAAAGUGUGUUUUUAUGACAGAGCAGUUACCAAACUGUACCCACGAGAGGCCCAUAAAUCAAUUAUAAUGCACAAGGUCAGAGCAGAUUGCCUUCUGUGUUGUGCAGCUUAUAAAAUCGGGGGCUAUAAACUCCACGAAAAACGCUAUUUGACUCGCAGAGCUCCAUAACUUCCUGUUCAAACUGCACAUUAUAUCAGUAAAAUUGAUGUUUUCUAAUCUGUGAGCUAAAGAUGAGAGUUACUUUGCACAUUUUCUACGCUGACGCCACAACACACUUUUGAUAACAUGCAGUCAUUUUUACGAGUUGAGCGUUUGCAACGGAGGAAAAAUGGUUUUUUUUGCUGCGGUGGAUCAAAUGUGACGAACGUGUGGAGAAUAAUUCAGUUUAUGCAAAAGAAGGUGAGAGAAGUUGUCGUUUUAACUUAUCUGUUAAAUAGGCGGUUGUGCAGACUGACAGGGACACUGAUAGUCCAGCAACAGGCACACAAAUAUGUUAUUGAUUAAUGAUCAUUUGACACACUUUGGGUUAAAGGGCUACUCCACCAGUUUUACAGCAUUAAAGUGUGUUUACAGUUUUGUAGCAGAUGUGAAGAAUGAAGAAAGAAGCUGCGUGUGAUCUGAUCAACUGUCUCCAAUGACACUACGUUGAAUUGUGGGUAAUGUAGGCACCAGGUUUUUAGAAGUAUCCCACACUGCACACUAACGUGUCACAGCUGUUUGUAAACCAAGAUUUUCAAAAUGGAUGUCAACUUGUUAUGCCUCCACGCCGGCGGCAGCCACAGUCGGACGAACAGACCAGACUUUGGUGGCCAAAAGGUUAAAGGUCACUGAGGACUCAUGGCUCCCUGUUAUCUUGCACACUGAGGUCAUUACUUCAAAUAUGGCAGAAACUUUGACUUAAGGAAUUUGGUGGAUUGAAUAUUUUUGACACAACUCAAGAAUUAAUACGAUAAUCAUGAUACAAGUUUACACAAAUGUCUGAUAAGAUAAAAUAAUGACGUGAUAAUAUUUGCCUACAUUACCCACAAUGCAACUUAGCCACUGGAGGCAGUUCAUCAAAUUAAAAUGCAGCUUCCUCUGCGGACACAAGCGAUAAACAGAUACAACUUUUUAAUGUGCGACAUUAGUGGAGCUGCCCUUUAAAGAGGGAACGUACAGAACUCGCUUGUGUCCAGAAAAAAACCCAAAUAAAUUUAAAUUACAGAGGCUGAAUUUAACCUCCAAGCUUUGUUAGUGUUUCUUUUUAACUUCUUGUCAUAUUUGAACCCGAGUCGCCCCCUUUCCCAGAUUUAAACUUAAAGAAAAAACGCCCUGUGACGAGUUUCUACAACCAAAAUGCCUUCGGUUCAGUUCAGCCGUGUGUCGUUUCGCUCCUCGACUUUGUAAAAUGAUCCUGACUUCUUGCUGGUUGGAUUUAUUUUCUGGCUAAGUGACUUUGAUAUAGGCUAUAUAUUUUUCUACAGUCAAACUUCUUCAUCAUGUCGGUUAUGCACAUACUGUUUUUUUUUUUUGUUUGUUUGUUUUUUUUACAUGAAUCUUUGUUUUGUACGAAAGGCCAUUCAGGGCAGAACGACAUCUUCCAACUCCGGACAGGUUUCAGCUCCACUUGCUAUCAGACCUCAGUGAACGUGGGUCCACAUCCUGUUUGUGCCGCUCGCCUUUUUCUUUUCCAGCCGGAGAGACUUCAACCAAACAUGCUGUUCACUCCUCCGGUCUCUCCGCUCACAGUAGGUGUAGGAUUAACCUUUUGCAGAGGGCCUGUUGCUGUUUUUAUACAGACUUUAUAUGCAAAAUGGCUGUCGGAGUGAUUUCUUUUAAGUCCACGGCGUGCGGACUUCUCGCCGUGUCAACGCUGACCUCAGUCGUUUGUACUCAACGUCAGAGACGCGUCGAAAGGAACAUUUUCUCUUUAACUCACACAAACUGAAGGGCCAGUGUCUCUGUGAGCGUCAGUGUGUGUGUGUGUGUGUGUGUGUGUGUGUGUGUGUGUGUGUGUGUGCAAAAACCUUCUGUUCAAGAAAAAAAAAAAAAAGAGGAACCGUUGUUUCUUGUAUGUACGAUAACUUUUUUCCAGGACGUUGUAUAUCCGUGCUUAUUUGUGGCAACUUAAUUACUCCUGUUUGUAUUUUCUUGCUCAUUUUCAAAAAAAAAAAAAAAAGACAUUUCCUUGUACCAAAUAUUCAACUGAAGGACACGGAUUCAACGAUGAUGACGUCGAUGAUGAUGCAGAGAUUCAAGAAAAACAAAAAGCAGAUCACCUCCUUCCUUCCUAACAGAGGGGGUAAGAACUCUUCAGGUAUGACUCUCGUAGUAACGCCGUGCUGUUCCGUCCUGCCUCCUGCCUCCUGCCUCCUCCAGAGACCCGAGAACUCAUGUUAUCUAACCUGUGAUGCUCCUCUGUCGCCCUCCUCCUUUUCAUAACGGAUUGUUUCUCUUGAGCAAAUGUAAUAUUUUCAUAUUGUAGUAACCCGGUCCCUUGUAUUUAGACGACGUUUUUACCUUCAUGCACUGUGACUAAUAUAAUGCUGCUAUAUCACAAAGACUUUUUUUUUUCUUUUUCUUUUUGUACGCCACGUUUUAGCCGAUGCGAAGUCGGAGGACAUCGCUAAAGGCGCCCCGGCUUCACAUUCGUUCCCAAAAAUUCAAUCCAAGCUUCUUCGUGCUGCCUCGACGCAGCGUAUUAAUCUCAGAUUGAUCGUGUGCACAACCGUAGGAUCUGUAGCUCCUCUCGAUGGUCUUCCUCUACAAGCAUGAUAGACAGAAAACAGACAAAUGUAGCAGUAAACUGUUAUUUCAAGGCCCGUCUCAUCGCUCAGUGUGCUUCGUUGAAACUGCGAUGUUGCUUUUUCUGCAGCAGUUUUCAUUUUGCCCUUUAGUUUAACGCCUAAUUAGGAUUAUUUGACAACAACCUGGACUCGAACCUGUCAAGUAAAAAUAAUUUAUUCUGUAGCUGAAAUAUGUGAAGAUGCAUAUUUGUAUCACAUGUUGCCGUGUGUGAUUAAAAGUGCAUGUGUGUACGCAGCCGUGUUGACGUGCAGCACAUUAAGAUUUGCUUAAAUAAUUGGGCGGAAACAAACACAUUUGUGACCGGAUUAAACACAGAUCUCAGAAUAUUUCUAAUUAUUUUGGGGGGAUUUCACAUUGUUGGCCUGCACACUUACAAUUAGCUAAUUGUACAACUUUAUUCAAAACUUCAAAUGUAAUAGUCUCCUGGACUUAAAUAGACAUAAUGAGUUUAUAAACAGUGCAGGUUGGUCCAAAACUUUGCGGCUAAUUAAAAACAUCUCAACAACUGUUGACGUUCCUAGAAAUGGUGCACAGACAUUCGUGGUUCCCAGAUGAUGCAUCCAACCAAAUUUUCAUCAUCCCCCGACUUUUCCUGCAGCGUCACAACGAGGUUGGCUUCCUUUAAUUUGAAGAGAUCUCUUAAACGAUUGUGUGAACUGCCCGUAAAUUUGGUUUCGGACAUUCAUGGUCCCCAGAAGAUGAUUUGUAAAAACAUUUUAAAACGUAUGUUUAUCCAGUACUUUGUUGUUUUUUUUUUACCAAAUGUCUGCAAAAGUAAUAAAAUUCCUUUGAGCCUCAGCUGCGCUUUGUGUUUGGUGCUAAUUAGCACUAAUGCUAACACGCUAAAGUGCGGUGUUUAACAUGUGUGUGUUCUUAAGAUGCUGCUUCUGUCACUGCACAUGUUUAAUAUAACUGCGAUACAAAUCUGAACAUGUUAACACAACCUGCAUCUGUCAUGAUUUGUUUUUUGACAGGCAACAAUCUGCCACAUGUAAUUCUCUACUGUGCAAAAAUAUAUAUAUAUAUAUAUUCUGUUUACGGCACAUACAGUAUAUAGAUCAUAUGUAAUUGAUCUCAUGUUACAAUGUGACGUCAAGUACUUUUAAAAAAUGGAAUUGGUAGACGAAAUUAAUACUGAACAAUAGUAAUGAUUGUUACAAUUCCAGUCAUACAUGCAGGAUUAUAAACAGACCUCUGCAGGCGAGAGAAGGAAGAAUUUGGGGCUUUUUGUGUUGUAGAUGUUUGUGUUUCUGACGUCAGAGCUUACAAGAAAACUGCAUUUAAAGAAAAUGUUUGGACCCGAUUUAAUUUGCCUCCUUAUGAAAAAUAUAUUCUCAGCUUCCAGGAGCUUUCUGGGCAAACAGACUUUGAGAAUCUCGAGUAGAUCUCCGACUUAAAAGUCCUGAAAAAUGAAAAAUAAAAAUGCAGUGUAGCACAAAAUAAUAUGCAGAACAGCCGUGUGGGGUUUAUGCUGACAUACGCUUCAGAGAAACUGUAGUUAACAAAGUCAAGAUUAUUAUCUAAAAUCUGAAAUACACGCAGGCAGUGAGAUGUUUGAGGAUCAGAAACUAGUUUUAGAGUUUUUUUGACAGCAGCAUUCAGUAAAAGAGACAUGUGGGAUUUGAUCACUGGGUUUAGAUGCGACUGUACCACGCUGGCAGAACAGCUGAUGGUCAAACACGCUGCGUAAAGAGAUAAAUUUAAAAAAAAAACAAAGUCUUUCAGAGGAGUUCAGCUGCUCUUCGGUUCACACUCCUUCUUCUUCUUCUCCUCUCUCUUCCAUUUCUGUUCGUUUUUAGCAGCAGCUCUGAAUAAUUUGGUUCCUGUGUUGGUGACAUGAUUCGAAGAUUUCCCCCAUCAAGUGAUUUUAAUUGCUGUCUUGUCUCCUCAUCUGUUGGUUAUAGAUGAAUAUGAUAAUGUUACCUUAAAUAGCAUCCUAAAGUGUGCAGUGCAAACAAAAAAAAAAAAAAAAACAAAACCUGAUGGCUGGAUUGUGAAGUUGUUCUCCAUGUUAAUUUCUAGUAAACACACUGGAACUGGCUCUUUUUGAAUAAAAAAACAUUUUAAAAAUU